CCCAUUGGGUCUUUGGAGCCUGCCAGGAGUGAGGUCUGAGCGCAGAGCCAGGAGUAACCUCUGAGCGCAGCAGUGACCCCAAAAUCAAAAAGGGGGUGCAAAAAGAACCCCUUUGUCCCGGCCCGCCUCUGCGGGCUCUCCUGCCCCGGCACCCGGAACCUUGGGCGAGCGGAACCUCGGUUGGAGCGCAGGCGCGACGGACCCGGAGGGCCAUGGAGGGGACGCGCGGGCUGCGGGCCGAAGCCGACGAGGAAGAGGAGGAGGAGGAGGAGGAAGAGUUGGAGGAAGAGGCGGGGGCCUCCAUGGCGGCGGCGGGGGGCGCGGGGCCGGCCGUGCUGCAAGUGGCCGGACUCUACCGGGGCCUGUGCGCCGUGCGCAGCCGCGCCCUCGGCCUGGGGUUCGUGUCCCCCGCGCAGCUGCGCGUCUUCCCGGUGCGCCCCGGCUCGAGCCGCAGCCCCGGGGGCUCCGACGACGGCGGGGUGGGGGCCGAGCUCGAGGCCAACCCCUUCUACGACCGCUACCGGGACAAGAUCCAGCAGCUGCGCAGGUCUGACCCAGCUGCUUUUGAAUCCCGACUGGAGAAACGUAGUGAGUUUCGGAAGCAGCCAGUGGGGCACUCCAAGCAAGGUGACUUCAUCAAAUGUAUGGAACAGAAGGCUGAUGCCUCGGGGAAACAAUCUAUGAGCAGAGGAUUCACUAAGGACAAGACUCUCAGUUCAAUCUUUAACAUUGAAAUGGUUAAAGAUAAGACAGCAGAAGAAAUAAAACAGAUUUGGCAGCAGUAUUUUGCAGCAAAAGAUACAGUCUUUGCCGUUAUUCCUAAAGAGAAGUUUGAUUUGAUCUGGAACCGGGCUCAGUCCUGUCCAACAUUUCUGUGUGCACUACCAAGAAGGGAAGGUUAUGAGUUCUAUGUCGGGCAGUGGACAGGUACUGAGCUCCACUUCACUGCACUUAUAAAUAUUCAGACCCGAGGGGAAGCGGCAGCCAGCCAGCUGAUUUUAUAUCACUACCCUGAACUGAAGGAAGAAAAGGGCAUAGUGCUAAUGACUGCAGAAAUGGAUUCCACAUUUCUGAAUGUUGCUGAGGCACAGUGCAUUGCCAACCAAGUUCAGCUCUUCUAUGCCACUAGUCGGAAAGAGACCUAUGGGUUGGUGGAGACUUUUAACUUCAGACCGAAUGAGUUCAAAUAUAUGUCUGUCAUCGCUGAACUGGAGCAGAGUGGGCUUGGAGCACAACUAAAAAGUGCUCAGAACCAGGAGAAGACUUAGAGCCGUAAGGGUUUACUUUCAGAGUCUGCCCACCUUGGACAGUGUAGAGCCCUUUGACUUCUCUGGAAGGAGCUCAGCAUCUCUCAUGAACAAUCUCUAAUGAGUCAUCAUGGAGGCCAUUACUUGAUAUUCAGGAAUGAAGGUACCCAGACAUUCUGAUAAUGAUCUUCCCAUAUAUCUGAGGUUUCCCUUGAGUGUUUAAGGUUAUAACCAGAAACAGCCAAGGAUCCAUAGGAUCCAUAGGAUGAUCUUUUUUCAUGUGAUAGUGCAUUUGCAUUCUGGCCAUGUUGACUGUGCCCGCUUUCAUGUGACUAGUUCUUUAUCUUCAUAAAUAUGUGACAGGAUAAAUAAGCUUGAAGGCUUGCUUUAGUUAGAUCUAGCUUCCCUGUCCCUUCCUGUGCACCACUUGGCUGGCCCAAGACAUCAUUCAAGUAACCUUAAAUCCUAGACUAACCAGAUAUUGCCUCAGGAUUGAGACUUCACCUAGAUUUCCCCUCAUAGUUGCCUUUACGGUAACUAUUUUGGAGUAUCCAUAGAUUUCAGGUUUAGUUACACACAUAGGUACAGCAUCUGCAUAUUUUUAAACCAUAAUUGUGAUACCCCCUCCACUGAUUCUACUAUUAGAAGCUGUGUAUUGGAUGGGAGGCAGAUUAGUGCAGUAUAAAUAAAUCAGUGCAUCUAUACAAAAAAAAAAAAAAUCCAUCCAGGUGUGCAUGCUUUUUUUUUUAAAUCAGAAAUUGUGCCAAUACUGUAUUUUUUAAGUGAGUGGAAAUAAAUGCUCACAGGUUGAAAGUGGGGAGAACAUAGCAAUAAAAAAUUAAGGCUGACUUAUCAUUUUUCUUACAUGACAUAAUAAAAAUCUAAAGUAUCAA